UAGAAAAAGCACCUACCAGGCUUCAGCCAUCUUGUUUAUGGACAGAGAGGUAAUAUUUACAACCGCGCGAUUCAACUAAAAGCAAAAAUAUAUGAGAGUGUUUGAAUAAAAACCAGGACUGAUGAAGCAAUGUGACCGUUUAUCUGUCGAAAGCCUCGUCAUUUAACCACAGAACCCGUGCUAAUCGAUCUUCCAUACAAGAUGUCUGGUUUUUUGAAUGAUGAAGCAGAUGUGUCGGAUGUUAGUUCGGAGGAUGGAAAUGCCAGUGGGAGUGGUGGUUCGGUACCUGGAUCUGUGAAGUCAAGGUCCCGGUCACGAUCCAGAUCAUGGUCAGGAUCAAGAUCAGGAUCCGGUUCUCGAUCAAGAUCUAGAUCGGGCUCCAGAUCAGGAUCAGGCUCACGGUCAGGUUCAGGCUCCAGGUCAAGGUCAAGGUCUGGUUCCAGGUCAGGGUCCGGCUCUAGGUCAAGGUCGGGCUCCAGGUCAAGAUCCGGCUCCAGGUCAAUGUCACGUUCCAGAUCAAGGUCAGGUUCCAGGUCAAGGUCAGGAUCUAGGUCUGGGUCAGGUUCACCAGCCAGGUCGAGGUCAGGAUCAGGGUCACCAGCAAGGUCAAGAUCUGGUUCGGGUUCUGGUUCAGAUAUAGAACAACCAAAGAAAAAGAAGAAAAAGAAAGAAAAGAACUUGAAAAAGAAAAAGAGCAAACAGAUCACAAUAGAUGAUGAUGACGAUGAUGAAGAGGAGGAAGAAGAUGACGAGGAAAGAAUACGAGAGGAAAUGAAAGACCUGAUCAAUGAUGAAAUUGAAGAGGAGGAGGAAAGUGGAGACGAAAGUGAAAGUGGCAAAAGAAAACAUGAAGACGACUCAGAAAUUGAUGAUCAACUGGAUGAUGAUGAUCUUGAUCUCAUUCAAGAGAACUUAGGAAUCCGUAUCAAAAAGACAAAAAAGCUGAAGCGUAUUCGUAUGAUGUCAGACGAUGAAGAAAGUGACAAAGAAGAAGAGAAAGAUCGUGAUGCUAUUGCUGAAGAACUGUUUGAACAUGGUGAAGGUGAUGAAGGCGAGCAAAUAGAUGAAACCAUUGAGCGACCAGAAACCACAGAGUACCAAGAUCUUGAGGAAUCUGAAGAUGAAGAUGACAUGGAUAAUUUCAUUGUGAAUGAAGAUGGAGAACCUGUCAAAAAGGCUAAGAAAAAGCGGCACAUCAUCCACACAGAUGCAGCCUUACAAGAAGCCCAGGAUAUUUUUGGAGUGGAUUUUGAUUUUGAGGAGUUCGAUGAGUAUGCUGAAGGCGAAGAGGAGGAAGAAGAAGAGUUUGAGGAUGACGAGUACAUGGAGGAGGAUGAAGAUGGAGUUGCUCGACCAAGGACUAAAAAAGUCGGACGGAAGAAGGGAAAAAAGAAAGGCAUUUUUGAUGUGUAUGAGCCGACAGAAUUGGAGCGUGGAUUUUUCACGGACAAGGAUCAGGAAAUCCGAACCAAGGACAUGCCUGAGCGAUUUCAAUUACGACCAAUCCCCAUACGCCCCCUUGAGGAGGGAGAGUUAGAUGAAGAAGCUGAGUGGAUAUAUAAGCAGGCCUUUACGACUCCUACCAUGUCACAACAGAACCUGUUGGAACAGGAGAGUCAUGGAAACUUUGGCCGACGUCCACCCAGCAUGGUCAACAAAAUCCGAGAGGCAAUCAAUUUCAUGAGGGACCAGCACCUUGAGGUGCCCUUCAUAGCCUUUUAUCGCAAAGAGUAUGUAGAAUCUGAUCUCAAUAUCAACGACCUGUGGAAGAUCUGGCAGUUUGACGAAAAGUGGACACAGCUGAGGACCAGGAAAUCCAACAUGGUCCGUCUGUUUGAGAAGAUGCAAAAUUACCAGUUUGAGGAAAAUGCUGAUCCUGACAAGGUCCUGGAGUCUAAUGUGAGAGCUCUGACAGAGGAAGAUAUUGACAGGAUCAAACAAGUUCAGACGAUUGAGGAGCUGAGGGAUGUCUACCAGCAUUUCCUGUUAUAUUACGGACCCGAUAUCCCAAAAAUGCGGAAUGCUGAGAAAAUUAAGGCUCGUAAUGAGGAGGAAGGGGAACGCCCUGAAAAUGAAGAUCCUCCAGAACAACAAGAAAUGAUAAAACAGGCCUCCCGUAAAAGUGGCUACACCAUAUGCCAACAGAAUAAGCUGGACGACAUUGCCCAGAAGUUUGGCCUGUCACCAGAACAGUUUGGUGAGAAUCUACGUGACAACUACCAACGUCAUGAUGUUGAACAAUAUCCAUUGGAGCCCCUCGAGGUGGCCAAAGAGUAUAUUUGCAGUCAGUUCCCAACAGAUGAGGAAGUCCUACUUGGUGCACGUCACAUGGUUGCCAUGCAGAUUUGCCAUGAUCCUCUUGUGCGGCAGUGUGUGCGACAGACGUAUUUUGAACGUGCAAAAAUUAAUGUUGUCCCAACCAAGAAGGGCAUAAAGGAGAUCGAUGAAGCCCAUCCAUGUUAUGCCAUGAAAUAUCUCAAGAACAAACCUGUCAAGGACCUGAAGGAUGAGAUAUUCCUCAAGCUCACUCAAGGAGAAGAAGACGGCCUGUUGACAAUUAGCAUGUUUAUUGAUGAUGUGUCAGAAAAUUCCCAGACGUACUUUGAGGAAGUUCGCCAGCUGUUCUACAGGGAUGAGUUUAGCCACCUGGUGCAACAGUGGAAUCUUCAGAGAAGCCAAGCCAUGGAGCGAGCCCUUAAUAAGCUCCUUUACCCUCAGAUGGAGAAGGAGCUCCGAGCCAAGCUCAUAGCAGAAGCCAAAGAAGGAAUCUUAAAGGCUUGCUGUCGAAAGCUGUAUAACUGGCUGAAAGUGGCGCCGUACCAGGCCGAUCAGCAACUUGAGGAUGACUAUGAUUACGAUGAGAAGGAGGGUCUUCGUGUGUUGGGCCUGUCUUUCAUCACAACAAGAGACACGCCUGGCUUUGGAGCUCUGAUUGAUGGAGAGGGCCAAGUUACAGACUUCAUACGAAUGCCGUAUCUCACGAAACGACGAAAUGCUUGGAGGCAACAGGACAAGGAGGGCAAGGAACAAGACAUGGAAAAAUUAAAGGAUUUCAUUUCCACCAAGAAACCCCAUGUGGUAGCUGUCUCUGCAGAAUCGAGGGAUGCACUUAUGGUGAUAGAGGACGUGAAGUCUGUGGUAGAUGAUCUUUGUCAGGAACAGCAGAUGGCCCCCAUAUCUGUGGAACUUGUGGACAAUGAGCUCGCCAUGGUCUACGAAAACAGCGCCAAAGCGCAGAGUGAGUUCCGAGAAUAUCCUGUGGUACUGCGACAUGCUGUUUCCAUAGCAAGGAGACUACAGGACCCUCUAAUCGAGUUUGCCCAGCUGUGUAAUGUAGACGAGGAUAUCCUUUGUCUCAAAUAUCACCCCAUGCAGGACCAGAUUCCUAAGGAUGACUUGUUAAACGCUCUGUCACUUGAGUUUGUGAACAGAGUCAACGAGGUCGGUGUCGACAUUAACCGAGCGAUAGCUAACAGCCACACAGCACCACUUGUACAGUUUGUGUGUGGACUUGGACCUAGGAAAGCAUCACAACUUCUAAAGAUUCUGAAGCAGGCCAACAUCCGACUGGAGAACAGAACACAGCUGGUGGAAGUGUGUCACAUGGGCCCCAAUGUCUUUAUCAAUUGUGCUGGAUUCAUAAAAAUUGACACCAACAGUCUGGGUGACAGCACGGAUGCAUACGUUGAAGUGUUGGACGGCUCAAGAGUCCACCCAGAGAACUACGAGUGGGCAAGAAAGAUGGCUGUUGAUGCACUUGAGUACGAUGACACAGCUGAGGAUGCCAACCCUGCCGGUGCCCUGGAGGAAAUCCUUGAAUCUCCUGAACGUUUGAAAGACCUUGAUCUUGAUGCAUUUGCUGAGGAGCUUGAAAGACAGGGCUAUGGUGACAAACACAUAACACUUUAUGACAUAAGAGCUGAGUUAAAUCAUCGAUACAAGGAUCUGAGGACGCCGUACCGAUCACCGCUGAAUGAGGAGCGUUUCAACAUGAUCACGAAGGAAACACCAGAGACCUUCUAUGUUGGUAAGCUGAUAUUAACAACAGUGGCAGGGAUUGCUCACCGACGACCCCGAGGAGACCAGCUUGACCAAGCUAACCCGGUCCGCGACCAGGAAACAGGCCUAUGGAAGUGUCCCUUCUGUAACAAAGAUGACUUCCCUGAACUUAGCGAGGUGUGGAGCCAUUUUGAUGCCGGCAGCUGUCCAGGGUCAGCGAUUGGUGUGAGGACGAGACUGGACAAUGGCGUGACGGGUUUCAUCCACACUAAGAACAUAAGUGACAAAAUGGUCAAGAAUCCGGAGGAUCGAGUCAAAGUUGGAAUGACCAUUCAUUGUCGGAUCACCAAAAUUGAUAUUGAUCGCUUCCAGGUAGAUCUGACUUGUAAAUCUUCAGAUCUCAUGGAUAAAGAUGGACACUGGAAGCCACCCAAAGAUCUGUAUUAUGACCAGGACACGGAAAAGGAAAGUGCUGACAAAGAGGAGGAAAAGCGUAAACAACAGGCGAGACAGACCUAUACAAAGAGAGUCAUUGCUCACCCUUCGUUCCAUAACAUCGGCUACAAAGAGUGUGAAAAGCUUUUGAGUGAUAUGGAUCAAGGCGAGGCGAUCAUCAGACCAAGCAGCAAGGGUUCAGACCAUCUAACAGUAACGUGGAAGGUUGGGGAUGGAGCCAUGCAGCACAUUGAUGUAAAAGAACGGGGCAAGGAGAACGCUUUUAGUCUUGGAACUACUCUGGUCAUCGGUACAGAGGAGUUUGAGGAUCUCGACGAAAUCUUGGCACGACAUGUACAGCCAAUGGCCGCCCUCGCCAGAGAUAUCAUGAACUUCAAAUACUUCAAGGAGUUCGAAAGCGGGAAACGUGAAAUAGUAGAUAAAAUUCUGCUAGAAGAGAAAAAGAAAGGUCCUUCAAGGAUCCCUUAUUACAUGAGUCUGUCAAAGCAAUAUCCUGGGAAGUAUUUGAUAUCGUACAUGCCGAGGACAAAAGCCCGCCAUGAAUUUAUCACACUGAUGCCAGAUGGUCUCCGGUACCGACAGCAGAACUUCCACUCUCUUAAUUCACUAAUACGUUGGUUUAAGGAACAUUUCCGGGAUCCCAUUCCAGGUACCCCUGCUAGUGCCCGGACCCCCAUGGUGUCGUCGAACUAUGCCACACCGAGCAUCAACCUGCAAGGAGUUGAUGCUGCUACCAUUCAGAGAGCGGCCGCAGGGUUGCCUAGCAACAUCUACAAUACUCUCGCCCAAGUGGCAGGUGCAGCCACUCCACGGAUCCCGAGAACCACACCUGGUGCCACGCCGCAGUUUGGCUCUGCCCUCCAUGGCACAGGAUUCAAUAUUCCUCUGGGUACUACACCUCUGAUGACCCCAAUGAUGACCCCACAACACCAUAUCACUACACCACAAGUGUUGAACACACCCUCCUAUCAGCCAACACCUCGCGCUGCUGCCACCCCUGUUUGGCCAGGAGCAACCCCACGUGCUACUCCUCGCAGUAUGGGAACGCCGUCUCAUCCUUCACAGCAGCCGCAGAGGCCGGCGCCAAGUACCACCCAGGAAUGGGCCAAGCCUGGUACAGAUUGGGCCAAGGCUGCUGCUAUGUGGGCCAAGGGGCGACAGAAACCAAGCACACCUCGGUCUGGACAGAGUCCAGCAGUACGGGCCAGUCCAAUGGAACAAGGCGACUCAACGCCUCUUAUUGACGAGCGAUGAAGGGAUCACUGAUGAGAACAUCUCUGGUGUAUGGGAAUCUGCUAACAGUGGUACAAAUUCAGACUUGCUUUUGUACUAAGCUGAAAAGUUGUAUUUUUGCUGUGCUGUUAUAUUGGUGCAAAUUCAGACUUUCUUUCCACUCAAAUGGAAAGUUGUAUUUGGCCGUCACUAAUGAUGUAAUAGAAGUGAAUGGCUUAAAUAAAAAAAAGAUCAGGUCCAAAAACAGUGUACAAAACCAAAAAUUGUUACAGAAAAUUUGUGUGGAGCCUUCAGGCAUAUUGUCUGAUAGUUAUUUUGCAUUAAGCCAAAGUUCGCAGAAGAUAAUUUUGCGGUAACUUGUGAAAAACUGUGGGAAAAUGUGAAAAGUUCCUGUCUGGAUUACGAACUUUCAAAGGACAAAGAUUAGCAUUUUGUUGUUGUCAUAGUAACGCAAACAAGACUGGACUGACGAAUCAGUGGAAUUUCACAUGAUUAUUUUAACAUAUUUUUGUAAUUUUCAUUGCAUCUAUGAAGUGACACAUUUUCUGAGUGAUGACAUCAUCUUUUGAUGUAUCAACAAGGUAUGUGUAGGACUUAUUGGGUCAUGUCACAUGACAUAUUAGGUCAUGUUACCUAGGUCAUGUCACAUGACAUAUUGAGUCGUUACCCAGGUCAUGUCACAUGACAUAUUGAGUCGUUACCCAGGUCAUGUCACAUGACAUAUUGAGUCGUUACCCAGGUCAUGUCACAUGACAUAUUAGGUCAGGUUACCUAGGUCAUGUCACAUGACAGGCCUCAAAAGAAAAGUAACAUCAGAAAAGUUUUGCAAUAAACAACCUCUAAGUUCCUAUAAUGUUUGAGGGGGAAUUUAGAUCAUGCAAAGAUUUUGUCAAGAGACAAAUUUAGAUGUUGAACUGAAAUAGUUUUCAAAAUAGUGUCGGAAAGAUGUUGGUGUACAUGUGGUGCUUUACUGAUAAUUAAACCCAAGUGAUGACAUUGAUCUACAGCGAACUAUAGAUACUAACUCCACACUUUCAGGAAACGUUUGUAUAUGGAACAGUAAUGUUUAUGUUUUCUUGGAAAGAUAUAUGUGGUUUUACACAACUGGAUAGAUCAUGCACCAAAUAUCAAUGAACUAUAAGACCGACAUCGUAUCAGAUCAUUUCAUAAUUUCCAUCGGUCACCCAGUUUUCUACCGGACAUUAAUAUCCUUAUAACAGUAACAUUUUUAAACACAUAUUUUUCUUCUGCAUUAUCAAGUUAGCAUUUGAUUUUGAUGAUUCAGUAUUUGCUGAUAGCAACACAUUAGAAAUAUUUAAAAUCGUAGAAUACAUUUCAUUUUUACUUUACGAUUAUUUCACCUGUUUUUACCUGGGUUCAAAUCCAUUCAUAACUGAUAAGCUUUGCUGUAGAUAAGUGCUAAUUAUAAUAUUCUUUUUUCUAAAAAAUUUCUCCAUAAUUGCUCAGUAGGAAGAACAUGGAAAGUUCAAGCUCGGGUGAUGAACAGGUUUGGUUUGAUCCCUACCAGUUGCAUUUCUCCCAAAGCUGUGCUUUUGUGAUUGUGUCCUAUUGCAAAACAUUUGUACCCCAUUUGCUCUGUAUAGCGCCUGUUAGGCUAUCAUAUGUUGAGUGAGGUAGCCACCAGCUACUACAUUACUUGCCUAAAAAUGACAUGGCUUAUCAUGGGUUGAUUAGCUCAACAAAUUUACAAGCUCAUGAUGACAGAAAUAUCACCUUAUAUUGUGUGUUCUAUUCGAAUGGUGCAAGAAUCUCUGUGUGCUGGGUUUCAAUAAUAGGCAGAGUUUUGUGUUUUUCAAUAUGUAUCGGAAAUGUAUGAUUUUCCAAUUAAAAAAGGGAAAGCACAGUUGUAACAAACUACAGAAAAAUGAUUAAUAAAUGAAAGAAAUAAGAUUAAUUAAUCAGACAUGGCACCAUUUGUACCAACAAGAACUUGCAAUAGAGAUUUCCUUAAGUAUUAAAGACUGUACAUAUGUCAAUGUAGCAUUCGUGAAUUGGUAUGUCGGAAUGAAUGUGGCUUGAAAAUAGGUUGUUUGAAUUUGAAAUUUUGUUGUCAGAGUGUAAAAGGUGGUAGUUAGUUGUGGGUGAAAGUUUGAAUGAAUAGUUGGCAAUUUCUUGGAGAAGAUUUAUUAUUAAGAGUGACAUUAUUUAUUUUUCCUGACAGUACAAGUACAGUAUAAAGAAAAGUUCUUUUACAUUCAAAUUAGUUAAAACAUUCAGACUAAAUGUUUCAUGAAAAAUUGAACAGGCAUGAAUUUAUUAGUAAUAUUUUCAUUCUUUCUUUCCAAUUUCUGUUUUAUUACAAAUCUGUUACAUAAUCUUAUUCAGUCAAUGAAUACAAUUUUUGUUUAUAGUGUAAAUACGAGAGAAUUGCACUUUAAAUUCCUAUAUUUCUCACAAUAUAUGUAGGUAGGUGUUAAAAGACUACAUUUCUCUUUACUUGAGAAGAAAUUUUAAGUGAUAUAUUUAUUUAAAAGGUCCUGAAGGUCUUGCAAGAAACAUCUCUCAUAUUGGAGGUGCCUCAAUAAAAGACAUCAUGCUUAAGCUUGCUUACCAUUAUGAGGAAUGUACCAGUAAGAUAAUACCUGGUAUAGAAAGAGACAGAUUGCCUACCAUUAUAUUGAUCAUACCAGUUCAGCCACUAUGAUCUUGAGUCCAUACCUCUAACCACAAUUUGAAACACAAAUAACAACGGGUUUUUUAAAUGGCAAGUUUUUGGUCUCACCAACUUAAAAUGAUAGUUAUACUGAAGAUAUUUUUGUACAAACUUUUUUUAUGUAAUGUAAAAGAAUUAUGAACGAAAGUGAAAAAUAAAAUGUUGGAAAAUAU